AUGACAGAUACGGGGACGGUUCCGGACCAGUUCCCCACAGACACAGAGGGGCAGGCCGAGCAUGGCUACUGCUCCUUUUUUGUUAGGGCGCUGUACAAUUAUAUUGCGCCCGACAAGAACAUGCUCACGUUUCGAGCUGGGGACGUGAUUGAGGUCUUGACGCAGCUUGAGAACGGCUGGUGGGACGGUCUGCUGGACGAUAAGACGCGCGGAUGGUUUCCAUCGAACUAUGUGGAACUGAUAUCCGACGAAACUGCGGCAACAAUGCUCAAGCCGCAGCGUAUGGCACCUUCGCCGAUCGAAAGCGUAGCCACCUCGACCGCGACCGAGCAGCGUCUGUACCCCAUGGCCGAGUCGGCCUGUAAGCAGAUCCGGGCCCUGAUCGAACUCACUCUGCCGACGACUCAGUUGAAGCACGCGCCAAGCUUGGAAGAUACCGAAGCGCGUGUCGAGUCCUUCUUGCGCAACACGACCCUGGCUGUGCACGACGUACGCCAGUUUCUCUCUUCUUCGGGCUUGUCAGAGGUGACGCGGUCCAGCCCGCAAGUUUUGCAAAAGGACGAGCGCGCAUCUCUCGAGAUGAUUCGUGCGUUUGCCCAAGAGGUAGACCGUGCGCCGCCAGUCCUCAAGGUGCUGAUGGGAGAUGCACAGCGUUCAAUGGCAGGGAGCCCUGCGACAUCGCGGAAUCUGAACGAUACGCUCUAUGCGCCCAAAGCGCUGUCGUGUGAGCAAGCAACUUGGCAGCGCUCGCUGCGUGAUCUGCUCGAGCACGUUGGCUCCAUGCUCAUUCUCUUUGACAGAAUUGACUUAUCGACGUCGCUGGGCCAGCUUGCGACUCCGCAAGUCGGCGACGAUGACACGGAGAAACUUGGACACCAUUUCUACCAGCAGUACGCUUCUGCCAAGCAACGCAUGGCGAAUUCCGCCAACAGCCUAUUGGUUACAGCUCAAUUUACGCCCGGGCGUGAGUACCACGACAAGUUCGACGAAAAGUUCUUUGUCACAUUCCUCACUACCUACCGCUCAUUUAUGACCACCAAGGAAUUCAUCACUCUCUUGAUCGAGCGCUUUCAUACUCCUGCACCGGAAGGGUUGCCGGAAGAGGAGCAAGCACGUUGGGCAGAGCUAAAGCAACUGACCGUUCGCCAGCGUGUCCUGAAAGCGCUGAAAACUUGGCUUGAAGAACAGUACUUGCCACAGGAUGCGCCUGUGUUGAGCACCCUCUCCAACUUUGCAAACUCCGACUUGGAAGACCAAGACAUGCAAAGCGAGCGGCAGCAGCUUCUGCGUCUUAUUGGGUGCUACAAGUACGGUCUGGACAAGUCGGGUCAAAAACCAAGCAUUACGAUGCCAGCGCCGGUGCCUAUAUUGCCUCCCAACAUGCGAACCGCUGAGCUGAUGGAUAUGGAUCCCCUGGAGAUUGCCCGGCAGCUUACGUUGAUCGAGAGCAAACUCUUUUGCAAAAUCAAGCCAAUCGAGUGUUUAGGCAAGGCAUGGUCGGGCCCUCUUUCGAAGACCAAGGCUAAAGGCAUCACCGAUACCAUUGCCAUGUACAACAAACGCUGUCGCAUGUUGAACAACUUCUCGUCCAUGUGGGCCAUUCUGUCCGGUCUGAACAGCACUUCUAUUUUCCGCUUGCGCCGUACCUGGGAUCUCCUAGGCUUCCGGACGAUGAAAACGUUUGAGAGAGCAAAUGCGAUCACCCUUCCUCAACACAACUUUGCCGCAUACCGGGAACUACUCUGCAAAGUAACCCCCCCUUGCGUCCCCUUCUUUGGAUUGUAUACCAAGGACCUGACCUUUAUUGAAGAUGGAAAUCCCGACACUCUCAUCUCUGACUCGCGGUUAAUCAAUUUUAACAAGCGCAAACUACUCGCCGAAGUUAUUCUGGAAGUCAAGACUUUCCAAAAGACGCCGUACAAUUUCAUGCUCGUCCCCACGAUUGAGCGCUACUUGGAUGCCCAUUUGGUGUGCCAAAGCGACGAUCAAGAAAGGUACCAACGCAGCUUGGAGAUCGAGCCCCGUGAACGGUAUGACUCCGACGAGCUCACACCUAGUUACGCAUCGGGCGAGGAAAGCUUUUCCAAAAUGCUACAGGACAAUGGAUUCCUCUAG